UUUGUCAGUUUACCUCUCCACACCUCCCUGCACCUGAAAGAGCAGGUAUCUGAGCUUGUGGAUAUACAUCCAAUGCCGAAGAGGAAGUGAUCUGCAGAUCUUUGAGAAGUGAAAGGACUAAAGUUUUUGUAAGGAUUCUGACUGGAUUUACUGAUGCACAAGCCAUGACUUUGCAAACGUUUUGCAUGACACCAUUGGCUGUGUAGUAUCUCUUCACAAGUGCAGUUUCAGUUCCAACUAACAAAAUCACCCACUGUGCCAUCAAAAUGCAGAAGCAAGUAGAGGUCAGGAUGGGCGAGGGCAACAUGGAGCCGAUCGUGGACACUCCCGACUAUCCAUGUAGCACCGUCUGUGAUAAGAUCAUGAAGAACAUGGUCCUCACUCUCACAAUCCUGGGUGUGUUUCUGGGCUCCAUAACCGGCAUGCUUCUGCGGCACAUCUCACCUCUACCUCCUGAUGUGAUAAUGAUCAUUGCGUUCCCUGGGGAGAUCCUAAUGAGGAUGCUGAAGAUGCUUAUUUUGCCUCUCGUUGUUUCCAGUCUGGUCACAGGACUUGCCGGUUUGGAUGCCAAAUCCAGUGGCCGCUUGGGGACCAGGGCCAUGGUGUACUACAUGUCCACGACGGUGAUCGCAGCUAUUCUGGGAGUGGUGCUGGUGCUGCUCAUCCAUCCGGGGAAUCCCAAGCUCAAGGCUAAUCUCGGACAGGGAAAGAAGAACGACGAGGUGUCCAGCAUGGAUGCUUUCUUUGAUCUCAUCCGAAACCUUUUCCCAGAGAACCUGGUGCAGGCCUGUUUCCAACAGAUCCAGACAGUUACCACCAAAAUACCAGUGCCCACUAACAGGACCAAAGCACCUCCACAGUUCACAGUUAAGAGGUCACUUCAGUUCAAGAGUGGGAUGAAUGUCCUCGGUUUGAUUGGAUUCUUUGUCGCCUUUGGAGUCAUUAUGGGAAAAAUGGGAGAGAGGGCAAAGCUAAUGUUGGAGUUUUUCAAUGUGCUGAAUGAGAUUGUUAUGAAACUUGUAGGCGCAAUCAUGUGGUACUCUCCUCUCGGUAUCGCUUGCCUCAUCUGUGGAAAGAUCAUCUCCAUCGCUGACCUGGAGGUGGUAGCCAGGCAGCUGGGGAUGUACAUGGUGACGGUGAUAGUGGGUCUCAUCAUCCACGGAGGGAUUUUUCUUCCACUGAUUUAUUUUGUGACAGUAAAAGAAAACCCCUUCACAUUCUUUAUGGGCAUAUUCCAAGCUUGGGUGACAGCACUGGGAACAGCAUCCAGCGCCGGUACUUUGCCCGUCACAUUCCGAUGCUUGGAGGAGAAUCUGGGGAUCGAUAAGAGAGUCACGCGUUUUGUCCUCCCAGUGGGCGCCACCAUCAACAUGGAUGGCACAGCGCUCUACGAGGCCGUGGCCGCCAUCUUCAUCGCGCAGAUGAAUGGGAUUGAUCUCGACUGGGGCCAGAUAAUUACUGUGAGUAUGACAGCCACCUUGGCCAGUGUCGGAGCGGCCAGUAUCCCCAGCGCUGGACUUGUGACAAUGCUCUUGAUUCUCACAGCAGUGGGGCUUCCCACUCAGGACAUCAGCCUGCUGGUCGCCGUCGACUGGUUGCUCGAUCGUUUCCGUACCUCAGUUAAUGUGGUUGGGGACUCCUACGGAGCAGGUAUCGUCUACCACCUUUCCAAAGAUGAGCUUGACAGCUUUGACGCCCAACAGGCUCGGAUGGAUGAAUUUGAGAUGGCAAAGACACAAUCUUUCUUUGAAAACAACACCAACCAGAAUGUAUACGCUCACCACAAUUCAAUCUUGAUAGACGACUGCAAGGUCACCAAUGGCAAAAAUGGCAACACUCGAGAGUUCUCUCUUGUUGAAGAGGAACCAUGGAAAUUCGGGUAAAGCAGAUUCAGAAGUCAUUGCAUCUUACCCUGAGUUUCACCAGCUUUAACAUUCUGCGGACACAACUAAAAAGAAAAUAAAUAAAAAAUAAAAAUCCACCAAGGAAAGCGAGGAAAGCCAGAACUGAAGGCUAACUGUACUGCAGCAACGGUCAUGUACCCACCCGGGUAGCCGCUGGUGCAGAACUUGUAGGAGCACCUUGUAUAAAUUCUUCCAUUUGCACCAGCUACUCACACACUAAUGAACUUGUGCAUUCUGUGCACUUUUGCAGAAGAAUAAAAAAAAACCCAGCUGACAACACUCAGGGCCUUACUUGUGGCUGCUGCUUGCUCCAUGUUCUUUCAAAGAAAAUAGUUCUCCUCAUCUUGCAACAACUAAUUUUGUUUUUUGUAUCGAAGCAGCUUUUUUUUUUCUUUGUAGCUUGAGGGACAGAGAUGAUGAGGUGGUAAAGAUGGCCUUGCCAGCUGAAACUGAAUCAAAAGUGAAAUAAUAAAAAAAAAAAAAAGUAAAUUAAAAAAUAGCAUUAUCUAGGUUCUUGAGAAUCUGACAGGUUUAAUUUUUGAAUCGCUGUAAUUGUCAGUUGAAUAAAUGUGAUUUUUGAAAUGCUCUUUCUUCUAUGAAGCACUAAACACGAGGUUGAACGUAUGUCCACUUCACGCUUAGAAAAGUAAGAGUGCUUCUCGAGGCAUUGCGAGCUAAGUGCGGGACAGUUAAGCAAUUCUUCACCUUUGACUGUUUGACUUAUGGGAUUAAACCCUGAUGUCACUCACAUGUUCAAGCCUAAGAAGCAAAGCUUAAGACUUAAGAGGAGCAGGAGUGGCCUCUAAAUAUGGCAACAAACAGUACAGGGUGUCUUGCUGAGAGCAAAGAUCACAAUAGCGUGAAUGAAGGGUGCCCUCGUAGUUAUUGUAUUUACUUGGUAAUUAAUGUAUCUAUUUAUUUUUGUAUGUACUGUAUGUUCUGUAUGUGUGAAGCACUGAGAGUUUGCUUGCCUGUUUCUGGAAAAAUGGUUUACUGGGAGGAAGAGAAAAAGUCUAACAAGCAAAGAAAAAAGGAAGUUCAAUGUAAGAAAGCAAGAGAGGAUUGCCUCUGAAACUCUCAGUAGGCUAGUGCUUUGUUUUGUGUUUUAUUUCAAAACUGUUUCUUUGCUAUUUAUGACAACCUUGCCUUGAAGAUGUUACCUGCAGAGUGCAGUCACUAUGACGACUAAGACAUUUCUGGACAAAAGUUACUUAUCAUUUCAGUAGAAUAUGGAGGAUGAAACUUUAGGUGUGGAAAUGAAGCAUCCCCAUUUUCUAACUUUGUCUCACUCCAAAGGAGGAUGGCUGGGCCUUUCUCAGAAAAUAUUAUCUAGAUUAUUUUAGAAGUGGCAGAUUUAGAUUCAGAUUAAAUUAUUUAUUUAUUUUUUUAAGAUGCCUAAUUCUUAACCACAUGUUAAAAUAAGGGAAAUACAACCUUAAAUGAAAAACACAUGCUGUAUCAUACCAUGUCAUUAUUUACCUAACAAAAACUAAUGUGCAUGCACAAGCAAUGUUUGAAAAACUAAGGACUCAGGGUUCAGUAGGCACUGGAACAGCAAUAGUAAUCCCUUAAUUGUCUUCUGCAUGGCUUCAGUUUAUUUAGGCUCGAAUCUAUUCAUUUAUAUACAACUGUAUUAAGUUCUCACCACAAAUUUUUUCACAAGGUCAUUGCAAUGCCUUAUAUAUUUUUAGUUUUGUCUUGGGUUUUUUUCUUAACCAAAGUAUUAUAAAUUUGUUGCUGUGCUUGGGAUCAUUGGUCUGUUGCAUGAGCGUUCUCAUCAAAGCUCGACUUAUCAGACAGAUGACCUUGCACUCAUCUUAAGAGUAAUUUUAUAUAAAGAGGAGUCAAAUCAGUCACCGCAUGUUUGCAAUUCCUGCAGGCGCAACGGAAGCCCAGAUCAUUAAUAGGCUUAAUAUGCUAAGAGGCUUUCAUCAAAGACCUCUGCUGUGGUCUUGCUUGUCCAAAGACCAUGGCUGCAGAAGUCCUGUGAUUUGUUCAAAUACUCCAUGCUGCAAUGUUUAGUUUGUUUGUCUAAGAGUAGAGGAUUUCUCCUGGCGACCCUUUCCAGUUAAGACGAAUAUGUUGACUUUGGAUUGACCUUGCUGCGAUAUCCACUGCUAGCAACUUAGCAGCUCUCUUUAUUGUUUUCCACUUGUGUAUUAUCUUUCUUCCUGUUGAACCAUGGACUCCAAAAUGGUUAAAAAUGAACAAGUUAGUUCUCCAAUAUCAUUACUGCUGUCUUUCCUCUUUGGCAUUGUGUUAACUUAAUUGAUUAUGUCAAUUCAAUCAACAUCACCUGGUUGCCAAGUACCCUUUCAAUACAUGUGGACGCAGCGAGGGGUUUCUUGCUUUUCACACAUUGCUUCAGCAUUUUUAAAACGGUAUUCUUUGUUUGAAUAACAAUAGACAUGGUGUAAUGUAAUGUGUGUUCUUCAUCUCAGGAUUUGUAUCUGCCUAAUUUUAAAGACCUUGGUUAGGACAGGUGGUUUUUAUUUUUAUGUCCUCUAAAUGCAAAACCUUAGACCAGAAAAAGGGUGUACUUUUUCACAUGACUGUAAAUAACAAGCUUGUAUUUAAUUCAAAGUUAAUUAGACAUGGUCACGUCUGCUUAUGCACACUAAAUUCUGCCUCCAGUACUCGCAUAAAUCUGAUGCUCUAACAACAAGGUCGUUGUUGUUUUCACACGUUUUUCGAGUUUCACAGUCCUGAAACUCUGUUUGAACCUUGGUCAAACCUGGACUAUAUUUCUCUCCUUCAGAUAAGCGAUAGCUUAUAUAUUCAUGUUUAAAGUGCCUCCUUGCACUUUGUGUAUAUACUCUCUUUAGAUAAACUUAAAAUAACAAUUGUAUAGACGUGACAUUUUUGUCAUUAUAAUUAUUUUUACUAUGCUAAAUGUUUCUAUAAAGAAUAUACCUAUAUAUACAAUAUUCAACAAUGUUAGGGCAUUUCUCCUUAUUUAGACCAAUAUGUUUCACUAGGUUGUGACAUUAUGAUAGUUUGUAUGCAGCAAAUGCUUGUUUUUUUUCUUUUUUUUUAAAGACAGUCAUACAAGACUUUGUUUCUAAUGAUUUUAUGGGAAUAAAUGGGAAUGGGAAUUUUCAAGCAAAUUUUGUAACGUUGAACGUCGGUUUCAAACCCAAGAAGGCAGUUUUUCUGUAGUUUGGCCAACUGCACAGAACAUUUCUCUUUUGGUAACUGGGUCUGGUUCAUUCUUUUUCAUUCUUAGUUAAUUCUCGGCCAACCAGCGCAGAACGUACCAAACUAAUUGCAAGGGGAUUGGGUGGGCUUUAUUUUUACGACUAACACAGAAGUGUGUAAAAGCUACCACGUAAAACGACCAAGAAAGCUAAAGAAUCGCUCACUCAGAAAAAAACUAACAUUUUUUUACCAAACCAUACAACAAUCAUUUAGUGGCCCUCCGUGCCAGAUUGUGGCUCUGCCUAAGUCACUACAUCUCUCUGAUUGGUUGUUUGCCAACCCAAUAACACCCACAGGUAGUUGCUACUGCAUCCAUUGGUGCUGGUACUCCCAUGGAAAUCAAGAACAAAUCCAGAGGGGCGAAACAGUGGGAAUGGUGCAGGUUAAGUGUUAGGUCCGUGAAGAUAUUGGUGUUAAAAGCUUCAGUAUUUCCACAGGCUGGGUAAAUUCAACGAGAUGCCAAGUGUUUGGCUCUGGCACCUUGAAUAUCAAUGAUGAAAAUACACCAGUGUAUGUCUAAUGAUUCAUUCCACCACUCUCCCUCCUGAUUUAUUUGUUACUGGUCCUUGUUUUAAUUUUAAAAUAUGUUGCUAGCCAUCUGUUUAGUAAAUAUUUUCUAUCAUUAUGUGAACUUUUAGAUUAUGUUAUUCUUUAUUUUGUAAUUUUUCCUUUUGAUUCUAUGCACAUAUCAGUGCAGAAGAAUGUAUCAAACAUUUUUCUGUCGUUUAACUUUCCCUGUAAUGCAGAACUUUGUUGACUUUGACCGACUAAAUGCAAACAGAAUUUAAUGGACUUGUACUUGAUAAAACUACCACAAGCACAAAACUAUUUGUCCAGAACAUGGACUCCGAGUGUGUAAAUGUUUUAAUACUUGCAUGUAAAUAUUCAAAGAAAAAACAAAUAAACGUUUAUUG